UCAUCCCUAAUCUAGAACAUCUAAGGUCAACAGGAUUUUGGUUAUGGCCUCCAAAGAGAAAGAGUUGCCAGCUGCCUCAACCUUGCCACUGGUCUCCCUUAAUCAUGUCUCCAUUCUCUGCAGAUCUGUAAAGGAUUCCACCAAAUUCUACCAGGACGUGUUGGGUUUCGCUCUAAUCAAGCGCCCUUCUUCAUUCGAUUUCGAGGGAGCAUGGUUGUUCAAUUAUGGCAUAGGAAUUCAUUUGUUGCAGUGCAGCUCUGCCAACGACAUGGUUAUGAAGUCUGGAGUUAUCAAUCCUAAAAGCAAUCACUUCUCAUUCCAAUGUGAAGACUUUGAAUUAGUGAAGAAGAAGUUGGAGGAGGCAAGAAUGGAGUACGUGACAGCAUCGGUAGAGGACGGAAGAAUAAAAAUCGACCAAAUCUUCUUUCAUGACCCGGAUGGCUACAUCAUAGAGAUCUGUAACUGCGUCAAGCUCCCAGUUCUACCACUUUCGGCUUGCCCUUCUUUCUCUGCCACAACUGACAAGCAGCGGUAAGUCUCCCGGAGCUGUCGCUGAAGCAUCUCGUAGCAGCUAAAUUGGGCACCAAGAUGAGGAACUUGACCAUGAUAUGAUCAGGAUAGCCUUUUAGAUCAUGCUGGUUCACGAUCAUGUAAGUGUAGUUGAGACAUCGCCUUGGUUCAUUUGUCUCCGCAUUUGCAGAUUUGAAAUUCCCUCUACAAACUUUUGCC